GCUUAGUUAACCUCCGACAUGUUUGGAAUGUUUGAUCGCCGGUACAUAAGGCUGCCGUUGCGGCGUUGACAGCGUCAAGCCCCCUCCCUAUUGGGAAAAUGCCCGGGUCGCAGCCUGGCAACACCAUUGAGAGGCCGUCCGCAUUGCGCUGCCCUCGCCAGCCGAAGCCACCUGGGCUAGUGACUUGGCCCCAUUUUGUUCUCUGUCUCACGGGGACUUGGGAGGCGACUCACUGCACAGGCCGGUUUCUGGAUUCCUUCCCAUCGGGUACGCACCGGGCAGACCAAAUAAUCGGGACUGCCCUUGCAUGGACACCGCUUCUUCGGUUCAGGGUUGGGUUUCUUCGGUUGGUGACAGUCCGUAAAGCGCAAGUCGCGCCUGUGUAUAGAAUCGACGUAACCAGAGCCUUGGUCGGUCAAUAUCAGGCCGGUGCACGAGCAAGACUUACCAUCUGGCUCUGGCCAUACCUUCCUUCCUACGGCAUGGCAAUGGUAGGUUCUCGCGUGUGGGGACGAAUCGUGAUCAGCACGCCACGUUCAACGUCCGAGGCUUAAGGUUACCAGCGUGGUUCAGGGUCUGAUCGGCCUCCGCCCCAGUGAGGCUGGUAGAUUAUCAGCUAGUCGCGUGGGUCAGUCGUAUAACAGUGGGACGGUGCCUUUUCCUCCGUCUACAGCGUACAGUGGGCAUCUGCCAACAUGUCCUGGCUGGGACAAUGACCUGCGAUCCGAAUGUCAUAUCUAGAGCUCCGGCUCGCCCGGAAGGGCACCCAUUGUCUCGUAUUAUAGCUCA